AUGGAACCGAAAGCGAAAAGCCACCCAGUGUUUUGGGCUGUCUUUUUCCUUUCGCAGGUGAGUUCGGCUCCUAUUAACAUCCUAAUAAAUCCUUGCUAAUCUGCUAGAUUUCGGGACUUUUGGCGGUGAUCCUCGUCUUUGUGUGGAUUCAGUCCUACGAUGACGGCUUCCCCAACCAACUUGUUUUCGAUUACCAUCCACCCUUUAUGGUCCUCAGCAUGAUUUUCUGCCUUGGAGAAGGUACGUUAGGGAAAAUAUUGGGUUUUUUAAAUUUCGAAUUGACGCAAUUAAUUUAUGUGAAGGAUCAAGCUCAGAAAAUCCGUACCCUGCGUUUCGAACGCAAAACGACACUCGGAAUUACAUUUGUUACGAACACUGCACUAUCACAGUAUUCAGAGCGUCGUUGGUCUCGGCGACGUAUUUCCGUGCUCAGACUUGCAGUCAUAUGAUCCGCGACGGGAUACUAGCGUUUAUCAUGAUUUUGAACAUCCUCAAAACCCUGAGCUGAAAUCGGCGUCGAGUACUGAAGAGCAGAAUGACGUCACAUAAGCCUGGUUUCCAAAACGGCUGUGAGUAACACACGAGACCGAGGCCAGAUAGAAAGAACGACUUCGAGAAAAAUAUUCCAGACUUGUGAAUCUGCCGGAUACACGCCUGCUCCAACUAAAAUUAUUCAAGUGGCGGAAUCAGACAAUGCAAAUUGUUCGCACAAUAAUUAACUGCAUUUUCUACAGAAGCAUGACAGUUCAAUUACCUUGUUGGUCUUGUGUUUCCUCUCUUGAUUACUUUGAUUUCACUGAUAUCUGUGUAGGAGACUUAUGUAAGAAAAUUGCAGCUUUUAAGCAUCCGGUAUUUCAAGUAGUAUCUAAGCAUCCCGCAUAGUUGCCCGGUUUAUAUGAGGGGACCAUCGGUUUUGUGGACUUUUGGCAGUCCUCAGAAUCUUGGCAUAGCUGUACCCGAUAGCGUGAUGAGCAGUAUUUUACUGUUUGCAUUUUGCCGUCGGGCUGUACAUGAAAGAGCCUCGGGGCAAGCUUCGAGGCCACCCUCUAAGGUACACUAUGGUCUACAGUCCGCAGGCUGACUAAUCCCUCAGCAGACCAAGCUUUUGAACGGCCGGAGGGCAACGACCUAGGCUCUGGCUGAAGUGGCCGUAAGCAAGUGGCGCUACGAGAAAAACAUAUACAGUAGGUAGGCUAGCUCAUGAAAUGUCAAUCGAAAUUCCGAAAUGUGCUUUCGUUUCGAAAAAGUUGAUUAAAUACGGUUAUAAAACUAAUCAUCGUGCAGCACAAUUCUGUAAAAAAUCAGCAACCUCAGGAUGCCGGCUUGCGAACGAAAUUCUUUCCAGCUGCAUUCAAAACCACACUCUGUAAAAUAAUGACUACUUAAGUGACAUGUAUUUUUUCAUUGAUUUUCGAUGUCCUUAAAAAUUCAAUUAUAUUUCAUGGAAAACAUACAUAAAAAUAUGCCUUCUCUUGCUCAUUUGGUGGAAAAUUACAUCUUCUUCAAAUUUCAUACUCGAAGAAAGUUAUAAUUCGGUUUUCAAAAAAUUUUCCAAUUCGCGAAUACUUUUGAACCCGACCCGCCGUUACACUCGUAUUCGGGGUUUCAAACUUACAAGCCGUAUAUUUUCUGCGCACGGAAAACCAUACGUUUCUCUAUGGUAUUAAGAGGAGACCAUAUGGGGUUUAUAAAAUUAAGCAGGGGAGUUGACCCAUAUUGUUAACUUUACAAGCCACAUUGUUAAAUUCGGAGACACGAAGUUUAAUGAACGGCCAUUUCACGGUAUUGAAAAUCUCACAAUUAGAAACUUUCUUAAAACCGAAUUAUACCCGUCCUUCGAGUAUAAAAUUUGUAAAAGAUGUAAUUUUCUACCAAAUGAGCAAGAGAAGGCAUACUUUUGUGCAUGUUUUCCUGAAAUAUAAUUGAAUGUUUAAGGGCAUCCAAAAUCAAUGAGAAAAUGCACGCUUUUAAGUAGUCAUUUUUUACAGAGUAUAGUUGUCGCAUGCAGCCGGAAAAGAAAUCGUUCAAGGCCGGCAUCUUGAGGUAACUGAAUUAUUGCAUAAUUAUGAUUCAUGAUGGUUAGUUAUAAAACCCUCCUUAAUUGAUCACUUCGAAACGAAAACGAAUUUCGAAAUUCGGUUGACAUGUCAUAUGUUAGCCCACCUAUUGUAAUUAAAAUGGUAGGAAAUUACGAUCAAAGACAAGCAUGAUUGCAUGAAGCCGCUUGUAGAGACCGAGAAUCGCAUACGGGCUUCUGGUUGUUUGCGGGGAAGCCAUGCUACGUCCUCUUCUCCUGUCAUCAAGUUUGGAAAUGUUAUCUUUCCUAUGGAUGCCAGGGGCAAUUAAAUAAAAGUGUGUAAGUACGAGGUUUGCCAUCUUAUGCUAUUGAUAGGCGAAUAGGCCUUGUCGAGACCGUGCAUUUCGCAUAAACGUGGUCUAUUACUAGUGUACAAAAACUCGCAAAUUAUUUCCCACGGCGUUUUGCAAUCUUUCGAGAGGUCUGACUGAUUCUGGUUUAAACGCAACAGGAAACAGCCUUAACUAUUGGGUAAGAUGCUGGAAGAACUUUCUAGAAAGACCAACUAUAUGUUGACAAUGAGUUCCGGCUGUCACUAGGAAAUCAUCCAUUCUUUACAAAUUUGUGGCUGCAUUUAUUCCUGGUUCGCAAGCUGCCACCAAACCUUAAGCACACUUUCAUUGAAAGGAAAAGGAAGGUUCUUUAUUAAUCGACAAAUCUUUCAGUUGUUUUCGCAAAUGCUUACAGCAAAGAACUCCUCGUUUAGCAAUUAAAGAGUUUUUGAAUGAGCAGUGCAGAUAUGACGCUGAAAAUAAUUCGCAGGAUUAGAGCACAUUUUCACCCCUUUACAUUUAACUGACCUUUAAUGCUUUCGUCAAAGCCUGUCAAGGGGUGGAGAUGUAGAAAGAUCGGUCGACAAGCCGCGAUUUACAGCUUACAGUAAUCAGUGAAAAAAGCACGUAGGCAUCACCCAACAGGUGCGAACCAACGCUCGCAACCACAGCAAGCCUUGGAUGUAAACCUGUUGUUGGCACUACAGACCCUGAGUCUGCAUCCGAGAUCACAGUGUCCAGAAUGUGCACAUAAUCCGAUUAAUAGGCCGACAAUUAUGUUGUGCUCUCAGAAUGGUAUUAGAGUUAGCGGCUUAAUCUUCUCGCCGCUACACUCAUCGGUCUUCUUACAAGUCAAAACUUAAAUAGGGUCCACUGGUUUUCUCUAGCUUCAUGUUUCACUUCCUCCCCCCCCCCCCAAUUUUCUGUUGAGUUUGGAAGCCGAAGUAGCAGGCUCGAAUGAACAGUAAAGCAUUCCGGUGAAGUCUUAUUGUUGAAACGAAUGUCUCCUGUUAUGCAUCAUGAAUCGGGAAGUUAUACAUUUUGUAUAUUCCAUAUUUUAAUAAUUAACAUAUGAAGGAUGACGCAUUCCAUGGGAAUACGAAUUCAUGUCAUCAAAAAGCACUAAUACCGUGACGGACAGAAACCACCGACAUUUCGAAUUCACGUCGAAUGUUCCACUGUUUGGGUCACUAAGAGACCACCAUCAGGCUUCUCCUGUUUCUGACUCGUAAAGUGAUCUUAAUGCAGUCUGGACGAUGUUUCUGCUGGGUUUCAAGGCACAGAUAAAACAUGUCAUAUUCUGUAUUUUUAACAGGAAACAACUAUUAUUUUAAAAUACUGAUGGCGGCAGCAUGCGGUCAUUCGGAGAAAAAGUUUAAUUCUCACCAGUAGAGUUACCUUGAAACCUUAGCAAACCUCGCGCAGACUACACUAGGCUCGUCUUGCGAGUUCGAGGUACGAGGACCCCGAUUAUUCGCAAAGCUGAGAAUCGCGUUUCCCGUAAGCAGCAGAUGAAUAUUUGACAGGAACUUCGGCGACCGGCAGUUCAACCUGUUCCAGAACAAAGUGUCUCCGAUAGUGUCAAUUCAUGUUUAUCUCACUAGCAACAAGAUUUCAUCCGCGUGAUAUUUUUGUCAGUUACCUAUCGCAUAAUUUGCCCUAACGUCCUUUUUUGCUCAUUCCCUCACACAGCCCUGCUUGUCUACCGAGUAUUUCCAGGGUGUAGGAAGAUUGUGUUGAAAAUUCUGCACGCCUCUCUCCUCGUGGCAAGUCUAGUCAUUGGAGCGGUCGGCCUACGUGCAGCCUACAACCCCGACAAAGGCAGACCAUAUAGUUUGCAUAGCUGGAUCGGAAUCAUCGCCUUUACUCUCUACGGCUUGCAGGUUCCUGGAAAUUUUGUGCGCACGCACGAAUGUACAAUCUUUUUCUUUGUAUCUACGAGGGAAAUAUUCUUGCCAGAGUAUUUAAGGCUGCAACUGAUUCGCUUGGCCGCCCGCGGCUGUGCAUAA